GGAAAAAAAGGGGGGGACCAGCCUUGGAAUUACCGAUUUGGAUGCGCCAGCAACAAUUUCUAGAACUCGUGAGAACAGCAAUACUUCACUUAGUGCUUGUGAAAGAACAAUUUCUGAGCAGAGUAGACGUCGUCAAGAAAAUGCUAAUGGUUUAGAUGAGAGUUCGGAUGAACAUGAAGGGGAAGAUGCGUAUGGAAGUGAUCACGAUGACAUUGAUGAUGAUGACGACGACGAUGAAGUUGAGCCAUAUUUUGACAUCCACGACGAUGACGACGACGAUGAUGAUGGCGAAGCUGAAGUGCAUGGUGGUUCUGAUGUAA